CAUAGACUGUAGUUACAGCACUGAGUAAGGACCCCUGCCUCCCCCUCGUUAGUAGCCCAAUCAGCGCGCCUGUCAGUCAUGAAUAUCUUUAGGUUCCUCGGGGAUAUUUCCCAUCUCUCUGCCAUCAUCAUCCUCCUGCUGAAGAUCUGGAAAUCCAGGUCCUGUGCCGGUAUCUCUGGGAAAAGUCAGCUGCUCUUUGCCAUUGUUUUCACGACACGAUAUCUCGAUCUGUUCACAAACUUUAUCUCCUUCUACAAUACAUCCAUGAAGGUGGUGUACGUUGCCAGUUCCUAUGCCACAGUAUGGAUGAUAUACAGCAAAUUUAAAGCUACUUACGACGGGAACCAUGAUACUUUCCGCGUGGAGUUCCUCAUUGUCCCAACGGCAAUUUUGUCAUUUCUUGUAAACCAUGAUUUCACUCCGCUAGAGAUCCUUUGGACUUUUUCUAUCUACCUUGAAUCUGUCGCCAUUCUGCCUCAACUUUUCAUGGUCAGCAAAACGGGGGAAGCCGAGACCAUCACUAGUCAUUAUCUCUUUGCUUUGGGAAUCUACCGCACACUGUACCUCUUCAACUGGAUCUGGCGUUACCAGUUUGAGGAAUUCUUUGAUCUCAUUGCGAUUGUUGCUGGGCUGGUACAGACUGUGCUGUACUGCGACUUCUUUUACCUGUAUAUCACUAAAGUUCUAAAGGGGAAGAAGCUCAGUUUACCAGCAUAAAACACCAAACUGCCUUCUUCUGGGUUGCGAACCUUUUCGGACCCCACUGAAAGGAAACAAAGAAGGAAAAGGAAUGGAAAGUUCCUUGAACCAGAAAUGACGAAUAGGAGUUGAUUUUCGCAUUUCCACGAUGCCCCCGACAAUGAUACUAAAAGGAAGACUUUGACAAAAUAUAUACUACAGCUAAGCUGCCUUCUGACCCUUUUUUACAAAGACUGGUCUCCAAGUCUGGCUGUUUGUAGUUUGGGCCUUAGUAACAAAAAAAACUUUUCAAAUCUGUAUUUCUUGCUAGAUUGUUUCUUAUUACUCCUAUCUUACAUCCCCGAUUGUUUCCAGGAGAUGUCUGAAACCAAGAACACAUACACAUUUCUGCAAUCUGCCUAUUUUACAGAUAUAUCAGGUUUUUUUUACAAAAAUAACAAUUAAAGAUCUCAUAGACAGUUUAGUUGAGCCUGUUAUUGAUCUAGUAUUUGAUUUAUUUUUUAUUUUUUUUGUAUUUGCAGUUAUUCCAAAUGAACUUGUUUGUUGUUCAUUUUCUGCAAAAGCCUUACUUUACUACACGUCAGAAUACAGUGGGUUCUCGACACUA